AUGAAUUCAAAUUUCGUGUCAGUCGGAACACAGAACCGACGUAUCCGUGAAACUCGGGGAAGUUUUCCUGCAGUCUUAGUUCUUAUUUUACUCAUUUCUAUUUGGUUCCUGUCCAAUUUUACUAUAUUUGUCUGUGCCAUUGUACUCGUUCUGGGUGCGAAGUUAAUUACUCAUAUUCGCGAAGAAGGGGAAAAUGCAAUCGGUACUUCGUCACAACAGCUACGGGCGCAUGCGGCAGAACACGAUUAUUCUGAACGAAUUUCUGUCGCUGUGAGAGAACCGCAGCAUGAACCUGUACAGAAUAUUGUUUCAACCGACCCAAACAACCAUACCCCACUAUUAUCCGAAAGAGACGAAGAACAAAUUAAUAACUGGAUUGUCGACGAGACGGUAUAUGGGGUUUCAAUUAGGAGCAACGAUGAUCGGCUUGCCCAUACUUCAGAUGCGGUGGGUCCAACCACAGAUCUGUCGAUGUCCCCAUUGUCUGCCAGUGAUACCCCUCCAUUUAUAACUGAGAACCCAAUGAAGAUAGCUAUCUCAUAUUCAGGAAAAAAUCGAAAACGUGUACUGAAGAUUACACGACUUUUACAAAAUCAUAUGAAUCAGUUGAAUUCUCCAGAUUCCGUUUUUAUCGAUCAAGACUAUCAACAUGAAAUUUGCCAAAUUAAUGGUCACAACUAUACACAUACCAUGAAUCCACACAUUGCACAGGCGAAUGGCGAGCCAUUGUCGACAGGUUCAUUACGAACGCCAAAUAUCAAAACGUAAAGCAACUUCUACUAAUAAAACUUGGCCCUUACAGUGAGGAAUAUUUGAAUCUUUCUCCACGCGAUUUUCCUCUUGAUGCGACAAGGAGAACCAAUCAGCAAAUCGCUGAAAUAAUUGCAAAGCGAUGGGCCGCUGUAGAAAAACAUCUUGCUCUAACUCAUAGAUGAUGUUUCCUUUUAUGGAACUUCGUUCUUUUUCUAAUAUUUCUACAGAAAAAUAUUUCAUUAAUAAAAAGUCAACUUCGUCUCAGUCAGUUCUCAGAUAGCAGUUCACGAGUGCCCUUCCAUUCGUAUUCGUCACUGUCAACGCAUUUCCAUCUUCAUACGUCCACCCUUCUGGCGUAGCAUGUCGAUCGGACAGUGUUCGAAUUCGACAGAAUCUACUUCCAUCACACUUCAGCUCAUAAUCAUAUGCAACUGCACCCACAUCACUCUCACUUGUCUCACGACACACACUUUCGCUCAC